CAGUGGAAAAGCUUUCGAGCCUCGAUUGGCAUUUGUUUGUGUGCGUUACAGAGAAAGAGCUAGAGCCAAGCCAACUGUGCGAUGUUGGAUGUGAGUGUGUCCAUUAUUUUUCCGUUCAUGCAGUGAUUUUCUAUUCCACACCCUCCCGACGCACGUCGUCGUGUCAUAAAAUCCAGUGAGUGAAUCAAGUGAAAAAAAAGCAGAAAGAGGAAAAUUUUGUCGGUGAAAAAGCUUGCAUAAAUGCUAAUAAAUAUUCAGUGAGAUAAAGCGUAGCACAAGUGAACGACGACAAAGGCAGUGUUGAAGCAGUCAGUGCAAGGAAGCAAAAAAGGAGUAAAUUAACUUUAUACAGAAGCGGUGCUACACGGACACGGGCGGAUAUUGGAUCGUCCUCGUACGACGCCUUUCAGCAAAAUUGGCCACUCCAAAAGGAGGUGAAAAGCUCCCUGGGUCGAUGUGCGAUAGCGAAUAAUCCAUAGCGUGUGCGACCAACAACGGAAGAAGCAAAAGAGUUCGUUCUCGAGCUUAAGACGAUUGAAGGCACCUAACUUUCCCGUGGCUGUUCGGAUAGUUGCUGCUGUCUGGCACCUGUCAGUAGCAAAAGCCAAGACCCUCGUCGUUUUCCCUUGUUCACGUUAUCGGUUGGUGGUUGGUGGUAAAUUUUUAAUAAUCACAAUCACUGCUCGUUUUGCCCGGAACGACUCAAUCCAGCACCUGGGGGGAAAAGUGUACAUCCCUGUGAACCGGAGUCAAAAUGGCAACUAUGGUUCAACCCUCGACGGGACGGUCACAACAGGUGCUACAAACCCAGCAGCAGCAAAUCGCAAUCGAAAUUGCUUCCGACCCGGUUCCUCAGCCAUCCCAGCAACAUCAUCAACAGCAAAUCCAUCACCAGGAACUUCAGGCCCAUGCACUGCUAGCUCAGUGCCAACAGCAGCAGCCCCAGUCGCUCCCGACGCCGAACGUUGACAUCGUGCUGCGGGAGUCGACCCGCGCCAAUCUGAUCAGUCGCAAGAAAUCAUCCGCCACCGGGGAGCAUCGGAGGAGCGGCAAGUCCAAGGACGACAAGAGCGAUGGCAAAUCUGUGUACCGAAAGUUCUUCAAGCGCAUUAAGACGAUACUGGAUGGAGCGGAUCCGACGACGAGCAGCAAAGAAGAAGCCGAAGAUCUGCCCGUUCCCCAGCGCUACUAUCCGGACUCGCUGGUGGAGCUGACGCGCACUGCCCGCUUCACCGAAGACGAAAUUAAGCGGAUAUACCGCGGCUUCAAGGCCGAGUGCCCCACCGGGAUCGUCAAGGAGGAUACCUUCAAGGGCAUCUAUUCGCAGUUUUUCCCGCUCGGUGCGGCCAGUGGUCAGUACGCACACUACGUAUUCAAUUCCAUCGAUCUGGACCGCAAUGGCUCAUUAAGUUUCGAGGAAUUUGUGGCCAACUUAUCGAUUCUGCUGCGGGGCACGGUGGACGAGAAGCUGCAGUGGACGUUCUCGCUGUACGACAUCAACGGGGACGGUUGCAUCACCAAGGAGGAGAUGAAGGAGAUCGUAACGGCCAUCUACGAGCUGAUGGGCAAGGUGCCCGAUGGCUGCGACGAGGAGCAAGCCAUUAAGGAGAAAGUCGAGCGGCUAUUUGAGAAAAUGGACCGCAAUUGCGAUGGCAAGAUCACACUGGACGAGUUCAUCGAGUGCUGCACAACCGAUGAAAGCAUUCGACGCUCGAUAGCCGUUUUCGAUACCAUCUUCUAAGCAGACCCUUGAAGAAGCAUCGCGCCGGAAUAAGACGGCCACGGAAGAAGAAACAAACAAAAAAAACUUACCAAAAGUGAUAGAACGUGAAACCCACGGAAGAUGUUUUCCUUGCUGACCACCGGAAUGGGCACCCGCAAACUUUUUCCCGAAUCUUCCACUUUGUUCGACCCUCAAACACACACAAACCAAUAUCGUCCGUGACCAAAAGAAACCAUCCUUCCUGUUCCUAAUACUCAGUACAGACUUAUAAGCAGUAGCGAAUCUAUGAUGUGAUUAAUUUUAAGUAACAAUCGACCAUCACCCACUAUAUGCAUAAAGCUUCCGGACACAACGAAUUAUGUAGGCCAACCCACAUUCAACGGAACAAUAGGAAGCUCUAGCAACAUUAUGACAGGCCGGGGAACUUUGCGUUGAGUGGCUGAUUGCUAUCGGAUUUGGAUGAAUUUUCUAACCCGGGUGGAAGUUCAACGGAAGAUGCUAGAUACUAGCUAGGUGUCGUAUGUAUGAGGAAGUACUGGUGAAUGUACUCAUGCGAAAGUCGUCUGUACAUCCUUUGUCAUGGCGAUGCUUUGUAUCCUGCUGAGAGUGGAAUGGUUGGUUCUUUGCUAGGGCUGCUGCGGAUAUUAAGCUCUAAUCUUGCUUGUGAUAAAUUUUCUAGAGCAGCCAGAGGAAGUAGCAGUGUUGGUAACUUUUCAUGGAGUUCGAUCCGUAGAUAGGUAAAUUUGUAUCCACUGCAUUAGUUAUCGCUAAAUUUAAGGAACCUUGUUUUUAAACAGGGCAUGGCCACGAUUUUUAGAAUCCUUUAAAAUCCGUAGAAUGUUAUGAUUGAAACUGUACUAAAUCUAAAAUUUCGUAGAUCUAUGGCUAAACUCGUAGUACUGGCCACACUGGCAAGUAGCAGUGGGUUGUACAUGUACAGUACUGCAAAAGGAGUUUGGGUAAAGGGGAAGUAUAGAAGAGAGUUUUUGCUAAGCUAACAAUUAGUUUUGUGGAUUUAAAGUAAAACCUUUAUGAGAAAGGGAAUAAUCCGCGCGCUGGCUGCUAAUCGGUCGAGUGACGGAAGGUUUCCGUUUCUGUUCUGAAAACAUUUCUUUCUUGAUAAGCUUUCUUUUUUUAGACCGUGAUUUUAAGAUUAAGAACGAUAAAUUGGGCUGCAGUCAAGAUUCUUGAGCCGGCUUUGUUUAGGAAAAAAUACCAAACUCCUUCUUAUAUAACUAUGAUAAAAGAUUUCGAUAAAAUCGCGACCCUUUUAGAUCAAUUUCAUGAGUUGUCCCCUCAAAAGAUCCCAAUAGCUGUCCCUAUUCCCGUCAGCAUAAUGGAAAACUAUAAAAAUAUAUAAUGCAUACUUCUAUCGGAACUUAAUUUAAUGAAGCCCAAAUCGUCCUCCGAAGUUCGGUGCGUUGCAUUGUGACAAAAUCAGCAGUAUAGCCCUUGGAGGGCCAUGCACUUCCAUUGGGGAUAUGGAAGCAAAUUGUAUUCUUCCCUUCAUCAUUACAAAUUGUUUGCUUUGAAUGGCAACCACAAUCAAGAACAAGCGCCAUCCGAGCUCGGACUGACCGGAACUGAACUAGCUAGAGGCAAUGAACAAAGCGCAUCAAAACAAUAACUAGGGGAAAUGGAUGUAAUGUCGGCCUAAAUGCCCCUAAUUUGGGUCCAUGUAUAAAUUCAGCAAUCGACUAAAUUUUCAAUAGCAACCAAAAAU